AUGGCAGUGGCGAGUACCUCUUCGGCUCUCCGGCUCCAGCCUCUUCUCCUCAUACUCCUACUCGCUGCCACCAGCGAGGCCACCACAUUCAAAAUCAUCAACCAAUGCACCUACACCGUGUGGCCAGCCGCUCUGCCGGGAGGUGGCGUGAAGCUCGAUCCGGGGGAGACGUGGGCGCUGAACAUGCCCGCUGGUACCUCAGCAGGGCGCAUCUGGCCGCGCACAGGCUGCUCACUCCUUGGCGAAGGCGGGUCAUGCCAAACUGGCGACUGCAGCGGCUUGCUCGCCUGUACGGUCAGUGGUCGAUCGCCAAACACGCUGGGCGAGUUCAGUCUUGGCCAAGGCCAAAGUGUUGAUGAUUUCUUCGACAUCUCGCUCAUUGAUGGCUUCAACGUGCCCAUGGACUUCCUGCCGGUGCCGGUUCAGGGAAGGUCAGGGUGCAGCAAGGGGCCGCAUUGUGCAGCCAACAUCACAUCGCAGUGCCCAAGAGAGGUGAAGGCUCCGGGAGGGUGUAACAAUCCUUGUAUUAGGAGUGCGGAAAGCAAUUGCAGUUACACAAUUAACUCGGUCUUCUUUAAGAUGUGCCCAGAUGCCUACAGCAAUCCCAACGAUUUUUCCACUUUCACUUGCUCGACGGGCACAGACUACCAGGUCAUCUUCUGUCCCAUGUUAAAUCAAGAAAUAUCACCUACAGCUGAAAGUCCCCUGCCGGCGCCCCCAGCAGAUGUAACACCUCCGACCCCAAGUACUCUGCCUGCAGCUAUUGGGCCAGCAAGUAUGAAACCGAAAUCUGCCUCUGUAAGAGUAGUUGUUGCAAUUCUAGCUCCUGUAGGCGGCUUCAUUUUGUUCACCAUCAUGUUCCUCAGCAUCUUCUUUAUAUGUAAACAAAGAACACAACGACGGAAUGAGACGGAAGAAGAGGAAGAGUUUGGGGUGCUACAAGGAACACCAAUGAGGUUCACAUUUCAACAGCUAAAAGCAGCAACCGAGCAAUUCGCAGACAAGCUCGGGGAAGGAGGAUUUUGGUCUGUUUUCAAGGGACAAUUUGGUGAUCAAAGGAUUGCAGUAAAAUGUUUGGAUCGAACAAAGAAAUCUCAUAGGCUCCUGGUAUAUGAGUACAUGCCCAAAGGAUCCUUGGGCAGAUGGAUCUACUGUCGACAUGACAAUGAUGCCCCUCUUUUAGAUUGGAGCACGCGGUGCAAGAUUAUAACUCACGUAGCUAAGGGCCUGUCUUGCCUUCACGAAGAGUGCACAAAAAGAAUUGCUCAUUUGGAUGUCAAACCACAAAACAUCCUCUUAGAUGAUAACUUCGAUGCUAAACUUUCUGAUUUUGGACUAUGCAAACUCAUAGACAGGGAUAUGAGCCAAGUUGUUACCAGAAUGAGGGGCACACCUGGAUAUUUAGCUCCUGAAUGGUUGACAUCACAGAUCACGGAAAAGGCGGAUAUCUACAGCUUUGGCGUCGUGGUCAUGGAAAUCAUCAGUGGAAGAAAGAACCUUGACACUUCCCAGUCAGAAGAGAGCAUCCAUCUCAUCACCCUAUUGGAGGAAAAGGUAAACAGUGAUCGAUUGAUUGCAAAAAAAAGGCCUAAAAUGUCUGAGGUGGUAAAAGUAUUGGAUGGUGCCAUGACUGUAGACCUCAACAUAGAGCAUAACUUCGUUGUAACAACUCCAGCAAAUUUUGGUAGCAUGGGAAAUGCGAGCACUUCAGCGCCACCUCUAGCCUCAGAUGUAUCAGGCCCCAGGAUCUCAGUAUUGCAAACCUUCUUCGAUCCACAACAGAUGAACUCAUUUGUGUUCUUUUGA